CAUUUUUUGUUUUUUCGGCUUUGAGCAUUUAUGUGUCUUUUUUUGUAUUUCAACCAAGUGUUUUACUCUGACAACUCGAUAGUAAGCAAAACAAUGCAUCAUUUGUACAUGCUAUAUAAUAUGUUAUAUAUGUUAUAUGUGUAUGUGUGAAUGUUUAUUCGGAAGUAAAUGGAAAACGACGAUAUAUAAAAUUUGGUGGCUACUUGGACUUUUUGCUCUUUUCCUUCUUGUCCUUCUUGUCCUUCUUGUCAGCUUUCUUGUCAGCUUUCUUGUCCUUUUUGUCCUUUUUGUCCUUCUUGCUCUCCUUGUCGGACUUUUUGUCGGACUUGUCGACUUUUUGUCCUUCUUGAUCUUUUUACUCGAUACAUCCACCUCAUCCUUCUCUUCAUCCUCCUUCACGAUCUCGUCCACGCUCCUCUUCUUGCUCUUAGCCAAACCAGCCCCACCGUAAAUAGCCUCCAAAGCUGGGUUACCAACAUCUUGCUAGCA